GGCACCACGGCAGCGGAUGUAGCAGCAGCAGUAAUCUACAGUACACUGGCAACCAUGUAGCACUGAGAGCAAAAAUAACCCCCCCGACGAGAUAAACUACCAUGUUCUCCUCUUUAUUCGUGUCGACAUAAAGCAACACAACAUGAAAAUGUGUUUCUGAAGAUACCUGGACGCUCGGACAGGAAUUACGAGGCGAGGGAGUCGACAGUGAAAGCGAAGCCUGUAAUACAGAGGCACUAUCUGCCCUCGCCUGGAGCUGUGGAAGGGACGCUGGGCUGCUCCUCAGAUUUAUUAGCCUACCUUUGGCGUUUUUAUCAGCUUUAAUGGCUACUCCUGUCCAGCUAAGCGCGUUUUAGACGCCAGAGAAGGGCGUGUAACGCUAACGGAUACCGGGGCCAGUUUGUAGUUUGCACCAGGUCUGUCCAUCCGCGUUACCGCCCCGUUUUUUCUCCGGUAGUACAGCUCAGUGAGAAGAACCCUGAAGGUACCGCGUUGGGUGUUGAGAAGAACCUGCGGACACCAUGGGGAAUACAACCUCCUGCUGCGUGUCGUCGAGCCCCAAACACCGGAGGAGCAACCACUCCAGGCUGGAGCCCUACCGGCCGGAGCCCGAGCUGAGCCGAGAGGACACGGGCUGCAACCUCCAGCACAUCAGCGACAGAGAGAACAUAGACGAUCUACCCAUGGAAUACAAUCCCUCAGAUCAUCCUCGGGCCAGUACCAUCUUCCUCAGCAAAUCACAAACUGAUGUUGCUGUGCCCAACAAGAAAGUCCGAGAAAAGCGGAAGAGCCUUUACAUCAAUCAUUUUACACACAUUUCGGAGAACAAGCAUCAUCCAGGCCCAGUGAGAAGGAAGUACAGCUCAUGUUCCACCAUAUUCCUUGAUGACAGCACUGUCAGUCAGCCCAACCUCAAAUACACCAUCAAAUGUGUAGCCCUCGCAAUAUACUACCACAUAAAGAACAGAGAUGUCGACGGAAGAAUGUUGUUAGACAUUUUCGAUGAGAAACUGCAUCCACUCUCAAAGUCUGAGGUUCCUGCUGAUUAUGACAAGCAUGAUCCUGAGCAGAAGCAGAUCUACCGCUUUGUCAGGACGCUGUUUAGCGCUGCACAGCUCACUGCUGAGUGUGCCAUCGUCACUUUGGUGUAUCUGGAGAGGCUCCUGACCUACGCUGAGAUUGAUAUUUGCCCAGCCAACUGGAAGCGUAUCGUGUUGGGAGCCAUUCUCCUUGCUUCUAAGGUCUGGGACGACCAGGCGGUGUGGAACGUCGACUACUGCCAAAUUCUCAAGGAUAUCACUGUGGAGGACAUGAAUGAGCUGGAGCGUCAGUUCCUGGAGCUGCUGCAGUUCAAUAUCAACGUGCCGUCCAGCGUCUACGCCAAGUAUUACUUUGACCUGCGCUCUCUGGCCGAAGCCAACAACCUCAGCUUCCCCCUGGAACCUCUCAGCAGGGACAAAGCCCAGAAACUAGAGGCAAUCUCUCGGUUGUGUGACGACAAGUACAAGGACUUGAAAAAACUAGCCAAGAAGCGGUCGGUGAGCGCAGACAACCUGACGGUGGUGCGGUGGUGCCCUGCCAUCAUUUCCUAACACUGGUCACCUGCAGAGGAAUAGAUAGACCUGUGAGCUUAUUUCUGCCUGGCAAACAGGCAAACCAGGUGGGCAGCAGUCCUGUGGGUCAGUGGGUCUGUCUGGAAUAUACACACAUACAAACACACACUUUCACACAAUCGAGCACUUUUGCAAGUGUGAUUGCACCCUGUCUGGUUGUUGUACAUAAAAGAAGUCCCACUGGCUGCCUGCACUGAACCAAACGGAGCUGAGCUGAACCAAACUGAAGUGUGUGAGUGACAGUUGUCGGAAUGAAGACCUUAACUGCAGAGGAAAAGCAGCCGAUUGGAAAUGCAGAAAUUGAGAGACUGUGAAGUUGGAAAAUAAAAAUAGGAACAAGCUUAAAGAAGAAAACACAAGACAUAGCGGCAGCAACAGCAUUCCAUGAUUCCCUCCGAGGCUCAACUGAAUUGAACACUUGAUUGAGGGAGACUGUCUACAUUCCUUUAAUUUUAAUCUUCUGGUUCACUCAGUUCCUUAGCUGAAGCAUGAGAUGAUCUUUUGACAGGUUAUAGGCACAUGGUAAAUUUUAAAUGCUCAAUUCUUCAAUUUGUUUUGUUGGUGUUUGUCUGUUCUUUUGCAUUCCCAUCCAGCUGAACCCACUGUUUGCAGAUUCAAACAAAGGAAAGACAUGUACAUUCCAUUGUUAACUUGAGGGUGCAGCUGAUACAUUUAUUCGUAUUACAUAUCAUCAUCAAAAAAAAAAAAGAAUCCACUGAGUUUCAUUUAAAUUGUGGCCAAUUAACUGAGGUUCUCAUGCAGAGAACCGACAAUUUGAAAGCAUGUCUGUUUUUAGCUCGAAGGCACUUUGACAGGAAAUGGGAAUUCAAAAUCUAAAACUUACAGCUGCAGAAUAAUAUCUCUUACAGCCAGGCCAUCAGCCAGCACUCACAUAAAGCAAUAUUCAUGCACCGCUUUGUUGUUGCGAUUAAUAAUGAUGAAGCGUGCAUACUUGGGAGAGGACUGACUGGAAGACAAAUACGAGACAUACUGUAGAGCUUGUGUUGUACUUUAUUCACUGCCAUUGUCCUGACCUGUGGUGCCUGUAAUAAGCUAGUUUAACACUUCUCCCCUUUCUACUGGAGGAACAGAACAAAUAACGCUCAAGUAUUUUUUUCUUUAACAUUUUAUAUGGUUCUUCCAGCUUCUAAAGAAACAGCACAAAUAGAAAUAUUGACAUUUAAAAGCCACUUAACGCAUGAUUCCUCGGAGCUGUUUUUGUUGGUCUGGAGAGGACUCAAAUGAAUGAAAAAGCAUUAAGUGAUGAUGGAAACACUGCUUACAAAAUGAUAGAUUGUAUAAAUUUUGCUAAGUUGUCUUUGUACAGUGUAAAUACAGUGCCAUUGUGCAAAAUCUGUAGGUCAUAUUGUAAAGAAGAAAAAAAAACAAAAACAGAAUGAUGUUAGAAUAUUUAUAUUGGAUCAGUUUUUACUGUACAUGAUGGGGGCGGUAAAUAUGUCUGAUUCUGUGUUCCUAUGACAAAUCAAGUAAAGAGAAUGGUGAAGUAUUAAGAUUUAAAUGGGAGACACCACUUAAGGUUUGUCUGUUUUCUUGUCAACGUUUUCGCACUGCAGAAAAGGCCAAUUUUUUACGUUACAUAAUGUAAAUGAUAUAUAGAUACUGCAAGACAAUUCAGGCUCAUUUUUUGAUUUUUUUGUAUCCCCACUUUAUGGAAACAUUGCCAGAUUUCUAUGUUUUUCAUUUGAGUGAUGACUCAUGUUACUUAUGGAGCUCUGAAACCAACAAAAUGUGGUAAAACGUGAUCAGGUGAGUCAAAAAAUAUGACUAAAUACAUCAAUAAAUAUUACUAUUUCA